UAAUUGAUUGCAAGUAUACAGUAGACGCUUUAGAAAAUAACUUUCAAGAGAAUAAAGUGUUUUAAAUAUAUAAAGAGUGUACAUUUGUAUAAUAAUGUCCCUUUAAACCAACGUGACACAAACUGUCGAAUAAAAUACAGCCAUUAUUUAUCUGACGUAACAGUCGUCCUUAUCUACACGUACAUGUAUUAAUACAUGUAAUGGAUUUUCUAUUGUAGUUGCGAAGUAGAAGAAAAAAAUGACUUCAUCAGUUGUGACUGUUUCCCUCACGUUUGUCGUGCUUGGAUCUUUUAUAAUCAGUGGAAUAAGCUCGAGUAAGGUGGAACUGGAUAAAGGUUUUGAAAGCGUCAAUGCGAAGUCAAGAAGAUUUCUUAUGACUCAUCAUUCAAAUAUGCCUUGGAUGUCAUGGAGACAGCAUGUGGCGUGCCUUACCACGUGUGUUAAUGGAUACGAAGCAGAAACUGUAGCUUGUUGUACAACUGGAGAUAAUAGAUUAUGUCUCAAUCUUCCAUUUGGACUUCUUAAUAGUUCCAUUGGGAGUUGUCCAGACUUUUGUCACAGAAAAUCUGCGGUAAAUUGUGGAACUCAAUCAGACCAAGUUUGUGGAUCAGACGGCGUGACAUAUACAAACAUGUGUGAGUUUUCAAAGGCGGUUUGCGACACCGACACAUUGAAAGAGGUUCAAAAAGGUCCAUGCCCUCAGAUAACAACACCUGUGACAACUGCGGCAGUAACCAUGGAUCGCAUUUUUCAAGUAUUUUGUGCUAGCAAGGACACAAUAGUAUGCCCAACUGACCUUGAUCCUAUCUGUGCCUCAAACAGAAAGUUUUAUGUUAACAAGUGCGAAUUUAGCAAAGCAACAUGCGACAAUUCAAUGCUUACUAGUAAGCCGAUAUCUUUUUGUACACAACUGUAAUAAGUUACAAUUUCAUAAUAAACACUUGAAUGUUUAUAUCCAG